AUGGCCUCAACAAAGCCUCUGUCGCCUCAGACCUCUCACAAGGCAUCUUCGAUAGGAGCAUCGUUGCCCCAAGCACAAGAGUUGGAAGAGGUGUCCCUUGGGGCGGUGGUAGACGAAGCGUCGAAUGGACAUCAUGGCAUCUCUACGAGCGCCAGCACAACAACAGUCGUGCCGACAUCCCAUUCCACCCCACCAUUCCACCAUGACACGGCAAAGAACGUCUCUUCUGGCGGCGGUCAUCCUGCUUCGCGCAACAAGAACACAACUCAGCAAGAAGUAACCGCCCGUCACGACGAAAUGCUAAAGCAAAUGUUCAUCUACUACUGUGACAGCGAGGAAUUCUACGAUCUCAAAUCCUCCACGCGCAAGUACCGCCUGGAUACCCUUCGCCGAGCGCAUCAGGCCUCUGAGCGCAGCGGAUACUGUCCCCGUUCCGACUCCCUGGUUUUCAGCUGGUUGUGGGCGCGACUCCUUCGGAUGCAUGUUGCGCGUGGCUACGAAUCAGGCCAAGGUGUCAAGGCAACGGCAGAUGUCAAGUCGUAUCUUGAUGUGGUCGACAUCCCUGCUAUGGUGACUGAUCGGUAUGCCAAGCUUCCACUCUGCGAAGUCUGCGAUCGCGACAUUCUGCCCUGCAACUUUGGUCUACCCGAAUGCGAAGAUUGCUUCAAUUUGGAAUAUGAGCAGUGCCAAAAGCCAAAUGGAAGCUGCAAGGAAUGCGGAGAUCCGUUGCAGGACUAUGAGAAGACCUACGAUCUCUGCACUGAUUGCGAGAAUCCUUCAUUGCCGCCGCUGGGCGAAUGUGCAGAUUGUGGAAAACACAUUUCCGACAUCUACGAGAUCUGCCAAGACUGCGCUGACAAUUUGUCGGAGGGACAGUCGGAGGAGGAGGAGGCAAUCCACCAGCGCGUGGCUGAAAGCCUGCCCCUCCGUGAUGCCGAUGGAGAUGUGGUAAUGGGAAGUGGACAAACGGCAGACGGCGGUCCGGAAUGCCACGAUCCUCAGUCGGGGGCUCGACAGGCGGUGUCCAGCAAGGAGACAGUAGAGGGAAAGUCAUAG